UGGAUCCUCCACAACAAGCCAACACCUCUUAUCCUCAGCCUGUCAUGCGUGUGGCAGAGCUGCUCCAUCCAGCUCCAUCUCUCGGACUGCUGCUGACAACAACACCACUCCUGCCCCGCCUCGCCUCUUCGCAGAUGCACUUGCGCGUCCUGGAAAACACGCUGACAGAAUGAAUGGCUACGGGUCCCCCUACCUGUACAUGGGGGCUCCGGUGUCUCAGCCCCGGGCCCCGCUGCAGAGGACCCCCAAGUGCGCGCGCUGCAGGAACCACGGCGUGCUGUCGUGGCUCAAAGGUCACAAGCGCUACUGCCGCUUCAAGGACUGCACCUGCGAGAAGUGCAUCCUCAUCAUCGAGCGGCAGCGCGUCAUGGCGGCACAGGUGGCGCUCCGCAGGCAGCAGGCCAACGAGAGUCUGGAGAGCCUCAUCCCGGAGUCCCUCCGAGUGCUGCCCGGCAUCGGCAUGGCCGGAGCCGGCGAGGGGAACCAGGGAGCCACGCCGAGGACAGAAGAGCUGGAGCUGAGGUGGAGCAGCACGGAGCCGGUGCAGGCCGAAGCACAAACAUGCACAGAGCCGACAGAGGACGGUCCUGAUGAGGGGUCCGGGGGUGAAAACGGGGGGAGCUCCAGUGAGAAGGAGCAGGACCCGGUCAGCUCCCCUGAAGGCUCCAAACCAAACUCCUGCUACACCCCGGAGCCCCCAGAGACCCCCUCCCACCCGGAGGACAGUCGCUACAGCCUCCCUAAAGCCGGCAGCGCAGAGAAGGAGGCCAAAGCCGAGAGUCCGCACAAGUAUCCGGUCAGCUCCGGAGAGCAGGGCGUGCUGAUCGAAGGCCUCGCCGGCUCCAUCAACCUGCCCUUCAGCCUCCGAUCCAACCGGCCGCCGCUCGAGGUUCUCAAGAAGAUCUUCCCCGCUCACAAGCCUCCUGUCCUGGACCUCAUCCUCCGAGGCUGCGGGGGGGAUCUGGUGGGGGCCAUCGAGGUACUGCUAUCUAGCCGGAGCCCUGACGGGAGCGCGCACCCGCACGCCGACCCGCACCAGGACACCCUAUUGCUGCCUUCAAACGGACACCUGUUCGAGCACACGCUGGGCUCCUACCACCCGGUGUCCUCCUCCUCCAAGUGGUCGGUGGGCUCUGCUUUCCGGGUCCCCGAGUCCCUCCGGUUCACAUCCGACUCUGCUUCGGGCGUGGUGUCCACCGGUCCGCUGGGUGUCCCCCUGCAGCACCCGUCCUUCCCGCAGCCCACGCGCUACCCGCUCAUGCUGCGCAACUCUCUGACUCGCAGCCAGGCCAGCCCCUUCAUGCACAACGACGUGACUCUGUGGAAUACCAUGGCUCUGCAGCAGCAGUACCAGCUCCGCUCGGCGGCCCAGUACGUGUCGCCGUUCUCUCCCGCAGCCCCAACCGGCCCCGGUGGCUCCGUGUUCCGCAGCUCCCCCAUCCUCCCCUCCAGAGCCUCCGAGGAGCAGCGCAUCAGCAUCCAGGAGGAGAGCUGCACGCUGGGAUCCAAACCCGGCCUCUACUCCCCUGAUGAGGAGUACGAAGAACGCUCCGACUCCGCAGACUCCCGCAUCCUGAACUCAUCCACCUAAAGUAGCUGCUGAUGGACUACAAUACAGCAGGGGACACCAAAAUGUAUUAUUGUGAAUGGACAUCCAGUGUGUGUAGCCAAAAAGGGUCUUUUUCUGUCUUGUUUGAAUUGAACUUUGUCAAACAAUCAACCUUUGAUAAGGUGAUGUUAACCCUCUGACAUCCACUCAUGCUUUCAAGAUGUCAAGUGGACACGACCAAAAACGGAUGAAUGUAACAGACUCACUUUUUUUGUUGUUGUUGAGAAUCUCUCAUCUAUUUCCUGCAAGCAUGUUUAGUACUGUGAACAGUUUUCGAUGUUAAGGAUCACCAAUGCAUGUGAAGAGUAUGCCAAAUAAAUCUGAGUUUUCCAAAUGGA